AACGCUCUGUACGCGACCGUCAAUGUCAGCCAAGCUAGCUAGCUUCAUGUGUGUAUGUGUGUUUGUUAAUAAACUGCAUGAUUUAAACACAUACUAUGUAUCUUAGGUUAUAUAGCCUCAUUCGAGGUUCGUGUCAGCAGCUUUUUGAGCCCUUAAAUUCAUCUGGACGGAUGAUAAUUGGGGGAAAUGUGGGGCUUCAGCAUCCGCUAUCAAGCAGUGCCAUCCGAUUACAAGAGGCUGAUGCCAAACCAGUGGAAACCAAGAAGCCAUCAGCCCCUGCCAAAAGACUGAAAGAUAUUUUCCCUCCAUUUCCGGGUGAGGAGAGCUCCCUGACAUGGGACAGCAAGAAGUUUGAAGAGUUACCGAUUGCACACAUAAAAGCCACAUAUAACAACACACAUAUCCACGUCACAGAUUGUCUGGGCCAGUACAUGGUCCGAACCUCAUGUGGAUCAGAGGGUUUCAAGAAUGUGAAGAAAGCAACUCCUAUUGCAGCACAGACUGCUGGGAUUUCAGCCGCUGCGAAGGCGAGGGCUAAGGGGGUCAGCUACGUCCGUGUGCUAGUGAAAGGACUCGGUCCAGGGCGCUUGCUGUGACGUCAUCGACGUCGGUGAAAUUGUUGGGCCACCUGUCGGUGGAAUGGACCUCGCCUUUAAGAAGCUCCUGCAGGAGGAAAACCGGAGCUGUUCACAACACAUGGUGCUGAACGACACCGAGACAUUAGAGAGAGCGAAGACAACGGCGCAGAAAAGCUGUUUAUGGCGGAUAGCAUCCGAGCAGUUUGACGAACCGCUGAUGGGAAGAUGAAUCGAUGGAGCAAGACGUCGUUUUCACAGUGUGUAGCUUUCGCAUGUUCUCAGUUUAAUAUCCAUGUUGAUAAAAUCUGUGUGUGUUGGCGUGGGAGUGAGUGCCACAGACAGCACUGGACAAAGCAACAGGUAGUUAUAAUCGUUUAUAACAUUUUACGUUUGUUUCAGGCUUGAUUUGUUUUUAUUAUUAUUUUAUAAUUAUUAUUAUUAAUAUUUUAUGUUGUCGUGAAACAAUGUGGAAUAUUUUACGACAGGAGCGGAAUUAAUCGGGAGCUAUAGAUCAAUGUUUUAAAUUCUUCUUCUGCUUGUUUUAUGUUUUCCACUUUUAUUUUAGGAAGUUUUCAAUGUAACUAUCUGAGACCUGUUGAUUGAAAAUGAGUGUUUAAUAUUACAAAUGUUUAUCAUCCUAUUUGACUCAGCCUGUCACUCCCAUAGCACAGACUGAGUGAUUCUGUCUUUGUGUAUUCAAAUACUGCUUGUUGUUCCACAUAGAUUGAAUUCUGAAAUACUUUGUUAUUAUCAUGCUUUGCUUGUGCCUGUGUUUUUAUUUUGGUCUUUUGCAAACAAUUUUUUUAAGUGUUUGUAAAAAAAUUGCAUUGUGUGAGGGAGUUUUUGCAUAUUAAUUUUGUGCAUAAACACCAUCAUUUUGCUUUGUUUAGCUCUAUGUUCAAGUGCCAGUUUGGCUUGUAAAGGCCCCACAGUGAUUUAAGCUCUGUUCCAGUGUGAUCCAACUGGCCUUGUGUAUGUUCAUAGUACAAUAAUAAAUAAAUCCAAAAACAUUAUAUCAAUAUGCAAUUUUGAUAUGCGAUGUUUUCUAAAUUAUAAGAUGUUAUGUUGCAUUUAUAAAUACAAAUCAGAACAAAGCAGGCUGUUGGUGCAGCUUGCAAAUUUGUCAAAUAUGAA